CUUCCACCACUUCUGAAUCCCCCCUUCCCUCGGCCUGUAACUCGCCUACAAUGCCGAAUCCCUCGGAAUCUACCUCGCCCUAAAUUCAUAUUUCAUUUCCUCUACUUCCUUUCUCCUUCCUAUUUUCCAUUCCUUUUUUUCAAAUCUACCUGCGUCCAACACUCUUACUUCUAAAUCCCCUUUACAUAUUUCCCGUCCAGAAUGUCAACCUCUGAUAUAGACGACAUUGAUGAAAUCUUUGAUGACUCUGAAGUGUCCCAACCUGCAAGUGAUAACGAACGACUCGAAAGAGGAAGAAAACACAAAUCGAAACUUCGAAGUAGACCAAAUGUUUCACAGCCACCAAAUAAGAAAGUUAAAGUCCAUGGAAGCGAUUUCCAAAAAAGAAACAAGCCCGUGAAUACCCGUGAACUAGUGAAUGCACUUGAUACCCAUCAAGCGUCGUCUUCUUCGAGAGAGUCGCUCAAUCAACAAACUGUCCAGUUCACACGUAUAGACCAUGAUGCAUCUUACCUCAGACAACUUGAGCGAGACAUCCUAUUUCAUGGAUCCCAAGUUCCGGCUGAUGCCAAAAUCUGCUUCGAUGUUGUCAAGAAGUCGUCUUGCGCAGCCCUGCAUCAUUUGUUUUGCCAUUGGUUCGGGCGUACUGUUAAUGGGGAGUUCUACGCAGAACCAAUCCUCACAUACAACGAUCCGUAUGUGACCUUCACUAACGACAGAAGCGUCUCCUGGGACGUCAGCAACGAUAUUCCUGGACCAGUAAUCACCCUAUUUUUAACCUUCCCCAACUGUUUGUUCGACCGGCAGAAGGUGGAAAACCUUUUUGAAGUGAUCCUCACUGAUGGUUUUGGUGCCAAAGCAGGAUCCGGUACCUCAAGGCAGUUGACGGAAUAUGAGUCCAAACAACGAGACCAACAGCGUUACCGGGAGGCUAGCGAUCAGCCCAAUCUUGAGCAAAAUCAGUUUUCGCCCACUGACGGGAUUUGUGUCGAGCUCAUUCGCCAAGUAGUUACCAAACACCAAACAACUUCAAUUCUUGCCGAUGUACUUAACAUAAUGGCGGAAGUUAGAUCUAUUGUCCAAUCUCAACCUAAGGCACGAUGCAUGUGCAGCAUGACAAAUUGUUGGACGAGUCACAUGCCCAGGCUACACCCGGUGGAGGAGAUUGUUGUUCGACCAUGUCCACCUCUCCUACGAUGUGAAAAUCCACACAGUGGUGAUCAAACAACAGCAGUUGCCGGUGAUGGUGAGGUUCUGUCCGAGCGACGCUCUCAACUUUCUCCUUUGGUAGAUCCGUCUUCCACAGGCGCAGUUGAAGAUUCUGUUGAUGCCACUGAUGGUGCCGUUCCAAAAACAACCAGCCCCGUCCAAGAAGCAACCAUCCCCGUCCAAGAACCAACCAUCCCCGUCCGAGAACUUGAACAUGGUGACAAUCAACUUGAGGCAAAUGUGGAGGGUGAGGGCCCACAUGUUUCUCCAAACGAGUGUCAUGAAGAUGAAGAGUCCCCCAAAUCGUCCAAAGUUAAAACUAAAAACGAUGCCUAUGCGCCGGUCCAUCUCCCCUAA